AUGCGAUGCGAGUCGACAGCAGUCUUCCGUCGCUUUCCGAUCACGUUCCAUGACCGGCGCCUCCUCCGAGUCCCAAAAGAACGGCCCGUCCGGGCAGACACCAAGUCAACGCGGCCGCUGUCCCUCGCCAGCUAUCACAGCCACACCUCACCAUCGACAUGGCCUGGACCCUCUCGCCUGUCACUACCGUCGUGCCCUGCGCCGCCGCUGCGCGCGUUCGAGGCUGAAGAGGCCGGCGACGGCGACGCUGCCUCAGCAGCUAAGCGGGACGCCGCGGCGACGUACUCGGCAAGCAUGGCCUGCCGGCGGGAAGAGCCCUACUAG